AUGUUAACACCCGAUCAGUACAGUGCCAAUGUGGAAACCAUCAGUGGCAGUGGUCAGCGGGUGGAAUACGCCAUACGUUUGCCAGGGCGAGAGCACCUUGAAGCUGUGUGGCUGCCGAUUGAUGCGAAGUUUCCCAAAGAGGCCUAUGAACGUUUGUUGCAGUCACAAGAAGCCGCAGAUCCAGCAAGUGUUUUGCAGGCGCAGAAAUCCCUUGAACAGGCCAUUAAGGUGGAGGCCAAACGCAUUCGAGAAAAAUACAUCUCGCCACCACAAACCACGGACUUUGCGAUCAUGUUUUUGCCGACGGAAAGUUUGUAUGGUGAAAUUGUGCGAAUCCCUGGGAUGGUAGAAUCCAUUCAGCAAGAGUAUCGAGUGGCGAUCACUGGUCCCACGACACUGGGUGCCCUCCUGAAUAGUUUACAAAUUGGUUUUAGAACGCUUGCGCUCGAAAAGCGUUCGACAGAAAUUUGGCAAGUGUUGGGGGCGGUCAAAACCGAGUUUGGCAAAUUUGGUGAUAUAUUAGCAAAAACCCGAGAAACACUCGAAAAGGCGGCCAAAAAUAUUGAGCAAGCAGAAGUGCGUAGUCGCGCGAUGAGUCGUAAGCUGCUUGCCGUCGAAAGUGUCGAAACACAACCUUCGCAGGAGGCGUUAGAUUUAAAUGCAACACUUAAUCUGCCGUUUGAUGAGUGA